GAAAAGAGAUAUAAAUUGAAGAGACAACAAUGUAAUGUCCGUUUCUGAGCCUCGAUAUUACCACUACUAAACGCCGUCCUCGUAUUCCGUGCUCUACGGAUGUACCGCGGUCUUUCUUGUCUUUGCACCUGUGCCAGUCCCAAUCACCUGGAGACAUUGCCCUAUUCUACUUAUUCUUUGGCGUCCACAAAGACGUCAUUUGACUCUGCUGUGUCCGAUCGCGUCAUGUUGGGUAUGUUUUUCUUCAGGUCGUUGUGGAAAUCAAUGAGUGGUCCCUCUGAGGGCUUGCCUGUACUCUUCAACAAUCCCGAGAUCUCUCCGGUGCUCUCCAUCCUGGGUUCAUUGGAGGAGGGUACCGCGGUUGGCCUUGGUGGCUCUGCUGGGCUCUGGCUUGCUGCCGGAUGCCCUUGGGGGAAUUGA